UGAUUAUGGUUCAAGAAGCGAGGGUAUAUCCGACUGUUGGGUGGAUGUCAUUUUCACGGAGGGGCUCUCUCUCUGAUCCGCGCUUUUAAUAGGAGACGAGUCUUGACUUCUCUUCGCUCAUUGCUCGCGCUCACGUGGGAGGGUUCGUCGCCGUCGAGCUUAUCUGCGACCGACGAUCUAUAUCCCGCCAUUUUUCGUCGUCCAUCCUAAAGCUCUCUCCACAAUACGCAAGAAUAUGAAAAUGGCUGCCCAACCUUACAGUCGUUGUUAAAGAUCGCUGAGUUAUUUAUAUUCAAUGUCUCAAGGAUUAGAGCAUCACGUAGCACAGCAAAGUCGCCGAGACAAGCUCCGAGUUCAAAACCAGCAAUUCGUCAACUGCAAUCAAAACCCUAAUAUCAACCAAGAGCUAAUCUACAACUGCACCAACAUGAUCACCAAUUCUCCGGCCGCAAUUCUUGAUUUUUCUAGCCAUGAUUCUGAUUGGAUCACGAAUCAGAUCAACCCUAACCAUCCUUUGCUUCAAUCCCAUCUCUAUCAUUUGCCUACAAGUACCACCACUGAGUUGAUCUCUGCAGUUCAUGAUGGCCAUAGCUUGCCGUACCAAAAUACCCUUCAAGCUAUCGUUGGUUCUUCAUUAGGGUUAGAAGGAGCCGCCAAUGAGCAGCAGCCAGCGAGCAGCAGCAGCAGCAGCCAGCAGCUGUUUCAGUCACCUGAAUGUUGAAGAUAACAAGGUAGCCGCUAACGAGACGCAAGGUCUGUCGUUGUCGCUUGCUUCGAAACCCUUGGUGGAAUUGCAUAUGCCGUCGUCACAGGGACAGAUUAGCCCGCCGGCAGCCAAGUUGUUGAUGAUGGAUCCUCGCCGGUCUGUAGGCCCGCUUGGGCCUUUUACUGGGUAUGCUACGAUUUUGAAGAGUUCGAAGUUUUUGAGCCCGGCACAGCAGUUGUUGGAUGAGUUCUGCAGCGCGGUGACUGGUGCAAAGGCGACAAAGCAGGAGCAAUAUGGUCAUGAUCAUCGAAAUCGUAACAUGAGUUUUGUAGGAGUAGGAGGAAGCGGAAGCGGGAGUCAUUGUGAUGAUGGGAGCAAUUAUAGGGUGAAGGGAGGGAAUUCAGUGGCAUCUUCGUCUUCAUUUCAUAAUUCGAUGGAGGUGGGAAGUGCUAGUGAGGGCGGCGCAGGGGUAGGCAGUGGAUCGAGUUGUUCGAUUGAGCAGCCCGAGAUUCAGCAGAGGAAGGUGAAGCUGUUGUACUUGCAGGAAGAGGUAUGCAGAAGGUACAAGCAGUACCACCAACAGAUGCAAAUGGUGGUAUCAUCCUUCGAGUCUGUGGCAGGUCUUAGUGCAGCCACACCCUACACUUCAUUGGCCCUCAAGGCCAUCUCCAAGCAGUUCAGGUCUAUAAAACAUGCUAUAUCCAAUCAGCUCCGUCACAUGAGCAGAAUCCUUGGAGAAGAUUUCAUCUCAUCUCCCAGUUCGAGUUCUAGAGGUGAAACCACGAUGACUCCUCAAUUGAAAUAUUUGGAUCAGAGUCUUAGAAGACAGAAAGCAAGUGAGAACGCAAGUUUAAGCUUCUUGGAUAAUAAUCAGCCUGUAUGGAGGCCUCAAAGGGGGCUCCCUGAGAGGGCUGUUUCAGUGUUGAGAGCUUGGUUGUUUGAGCAUUUCCUUCAUCCAUAUCCUACGGAUACUGAUAAGCAUAUGUUGGCUACUCAAACUGGGCUGACAAGGAAUCAGGUUUCAAACUGGUUCAUCAAUGCUCGGGUGAGACUGUGGAAGCCAAUGGUAGAAGAGAUCCACAUGCUCGAAUCCAAAGGGAUGGCUGAAAUGGACCUUAAUUCCUCCAACAAGAACGACAGAAAAUCGAUCAUGGACAAUAUCAGAGGGCAGCCUUUAUCUGAUCAGGGAUCAGAAUCUCAGUCUAACAAGAAAUUUGAUUGUUCUUCAAUGGACCCUAUUGCCCAUGACUCCAGCUCGAUUAGCAAUAUGGAGCAGUGGCAUAGAGAGAAACGAUCAAGGAUGGAAGAAUGUACAGUUGCAGGAGGCAUUGAUGGCGGUUUGAUGAGUUUCGGAUACCAAGGUGGGAUGAUGGAUGUUGGGGGGCUUGGAUCGGUCUCUCUCACAUUAGGCCUUCAACACAAUGAGGAUGCUCAACAGCAAGAGCAGCAGAUGAGGCACUUUGGAAGUCAUAUGCUUCAUGAUUUUGUUGGCUGACCAUUUGUUUCUUUGUUGUAGUUACGAUCAGAAGAGUGAAGGAGUCUAAUUGAAGGAUAGAUCGAGUACAAGUGAGCGAGGUUUUGUUUUGUAAUGGGGUUCGCUUGUACUGGGAUCAUUUACUGUGUAAUGAUUCACUGAUGUAUCUUGUAUGAUGAUGCAUUGCAAUAUAUGUAGUUACGUUA